GUAAACAAAUCGAUUUGCGUUCCGUCACAACAAAAAGUCAACGAGAAAAAAUCCUACAAAAAGGCGUUGGUUGCGUUCGUGAAAAACGAUGGAUUUCGACAGUCCGGACGUGGAGAAGGACUUCCCGGGACUGUACGCGUCCGAGGGUAGCAGCAAGAGCAAGGACGAUAAGGAUUUUUCCGAAGCCGAGGCGGAAAAGCCCAAGAAGGAACUCUUGAUCGGCCGCAGAAAGGACAAAAAGGAGAAAAAGACGGCCUACGCUGCGCUAGAGGGUGAAAGCUCUCCGGAAGAGGAACCGGAAACGAAGAGCCCAUCAAAGUCCAAAAAGUCCAAGGCGUUCAAGUUUCCCUCAAAGAGUAAGGAAAAGCGGGAAAAGUCUCGCGAGAAGGAGAAAAAGAAACCGGAAGCAAGCAAGGCGGAAGAGCCAAAACCCACGGAAAAGCCCGAAAAAGAGAAGGAGAAGAAAAAGGAUAAGGACAAAAAGGACAAAGACAAGAAGGACACUUCCAAGGACAAAAAGGACAAAAAGCUCAAGCAGAGCAGCGUUAGUGAAGAGGUUCUCGAUCUUGGUGACGCACAGCCCAUUUUUGGCGUCUCGCUGGGACUGGCCGUUGAGCGUAGCAGGUGCCACGAUGGUGUCUGCCUGCCCUUGGUCGUGCGUGACUGUAUCGACUAUCUGCAGGAGCAUGGACUGCAGAGCGAUCAAAUCUACAAGGUCGAAGCGGUCAAGACGAAGCUGCAGCAGCUCAAAAAAACCUACAACAAUCGCGACGGAAGCUUCGUAAAUGAUUUCGAUGUCUCGACUGCGUGUGGCUUGUUGAAGUUGUUCUUGCGCGAGCUGCCGGAGCCAAUCCUGACGACGGAUUUGUCGACCCGAUUCGAGGAGGCCGCCUCACACUCGCAGGUUUCCCAGCAGGAACAGGAACUGCUCGGUUUGGUGGAGCAGCUGCCCAACUGUAAUCGGGUUUUGCUCGCGUGGGUAAUUCUUCACCUGGAUGCGGUCACGCAGAAUGAAGCGUGCACCAAAAUGAACGCACAAAAUAUUGCGAUGCUGCUGAGUCCCACGCUGCAGAUGUCCCAUCGGCUGUUUGUGGCCCUGCUUUGUCACUGUAACAAUUUGUUUGGCGAUACGGAACUGCUCAAGUAUGUGCCCCCGAUCACAGCUUCCAGUCCGAAUCUGCCCGAAACGCCGGACGAGAUAUCGACCGAGCUGCGGAAGCAGGAAAGCUUGCUGGCGCAAAUACACUCGGAGUGCAAUGCCGGCUUCGUGACGAAGAAACGGGAGGAACAGCUGUGGGAAGUGCAGCGAAUUAUUACACAACUCAAGCGUAAACUGAGAACGUUUGAGAAGAAAACGGAUUGUGCUCACAAAAGUUUGGACGACACCGUUGAUGGUGAUAUUUCUGUAGAUUUGAAUAAAGCAUGUUCGGAUGAUGAGUCUUCAAUCAAGACGGUUACGGGAGUUUCAACCGAAUCUGCUACAAAUACCGAAACGAAGAAUACUCCCCAAGAAACGCCCGAAGAUUCGGCUUUGAUUGAACAGAAAAUAAAUGAAAUAAGUGAAUCGCCCGAGCACGCUGCUGCUGCUUCUGUAGACAAAUCUGUGGCACAAAAAGUUUCCCCCGCAGUUGAACCCACAGCUAUCAGCGAUCAGGUGACCGUCACGGAUAACGGUUUCAUGCUUCUUCCCGAGAACCAUCCGGAUUACCUGUUGCUGAUUCGGCUUCAGCUGGAGAAUCAAGAACUCAUGAACUGGAAGGGCCAACUGCAGGCACGAAUCAACGCCGAACGGGCCGAAAUUGUACGCAUGAAGCGGCUGCUGAUCACAGAUGACGAUGACAACGGUGUCGGUCCGCAUGGUCCGAGCAGUUUGGACUGCACCGUGAUAAGUGAUAACGAUGACUACGAACGGUUGGUGGCACAAUACGCCAAGGAAAACGCCCUGCUGGAGCAGAAACGGCAAUUGUUGGCGAAGGAAAUCUUUGACGAGAGCAAAGCUCUGAUCCAGAUGCAAGUAGAACUUGCGCUAAAUCGGUAUAAAAUUUAAAUUGUUGACGAGAAGACGCUACCGAUUGUGGUAAAAUCAAUCUCUCUAUUUUCUGGUCGUGCCAGAAAAGUUUAACUGUUCAGUAAAUAUAUUUAUCGUCUAAAUAACAAA